CCGACGCCGACGCCAACUCCAUUCCUCUCGCUGCUUCUCUACACGCAGGAUGCGCAGCUGUAUGGUGAUUGUGGUAGCCCUGGCGGUGAGCGCGCAGCUGGCGUGGUGGGGCGCGCAGGCGAACGCGGUGCCCGUGACGCGGCCCAUCGUCUGCGCCACUGACGACGUCUCCCCGCAGAUCCGCAAGGUGUGCCAGGCGUAUGAAGCCUUCUCCGAGCUCGCCACUUCCGCCAAGGACUACCUCGAUCAUUUUGCUGCGGAGGCGCACCGACAAUCGGUCCGCCCGCUGCCAGCCGGCAUCAAGCGAGAAGACGUCGGCCACGUCUUCCUGAGAUUCGGCAAGCGGCGAUAACCUCCCAGCCCGUUAGACCAUAUGUAUAACGUCUCUGUAAACGAUGCUUUGAAAUGAUGCUAAAAUAAAUGCCAUUUAUAUAACUAAACUAUUGCUCUUAAUAAAAUUAAACAAAUUUCACGUAAUAUAUAACAAAAGAAAGAAACGUUCUGAAACUUAUAAUAACCACAUAAGAAACAAUAUCUGAAAUUGUGCCCAUCUGUUUGAAACAUCGAGGAGAUCAAUAAUGACAUAUGUAAUGCCAUUGAAAUUCGUAUUACUGCGUUGGAACCAUUUCCUUGUUAUCAUAUGUUACAAAACACACUGAUUCUUCCUAAGAUUACCUAUGUAGAAACACUGAAAAUCACUGAAGCCACAUUC